UCCGCUGCGCGCGGUCCACAUCUCCUUCGUCGCCAUGGGUUGCGGCGCAAGUGUGGCGCCGGAGAAGCCCAGAGAGUUGAAGGUGCUGCAGGAGGCGCCCGCGCCAGAGCAGCUGACGCCGGAGGAGGUGGAGGCGAUCUUCGCGCGGGGGAAGGCGGUCCCGGACGGAGACGGCGCGGCGCUGGUACAUCGGGAGCUGCCAGCGGAGUGGUGGGGCGUGGGGAAAGCACAGCUGGUGCAGCUGGGCGAGAGGAUCCAGGAGAUCCUCAUGGGGAAAGGUCCCUUUGAGCUGGUGAACUUGAGCAAGCAGCAGUGCAGGAAGCUGCAGAUCCCCUACUACGAGGAGAGCAAGUUCCGCGCCGAGGACAUCGGGCCGAACAUGUACCAGGUGAACGAGGGCUUCAUCCGGCCCUUCACCCGGGCACCCUCCGAUGGCAUCCCCUUCCUCAGCUAUGCCCUGCACUGCAACCCGCGGGGGUUGCUCUGUGACCUCUUCAUCUCCCACGCCUGGGCCGAGGGCGUCUUCGAGCUCACCGGCACCGUGGUGCGCGCCUGGCCGGCGAACUGCCGAGGUGCCUACAUUUGCGCGCUGGCCAACCCCCAGAACCUGCCGGAGCUCAUGAGCCAUUUGAUCCAGACACCCACUGCGUCCCCCUUCUAUCGUGUCCUGCUUUGCCGGCCCAGGCAGAUGCUCAUGGUGGCGAACUGCAAUGUCCCCAUCCAUUCACGGCUUUGGUGCGUCUUCGAGGCCCACUGCGCCCGGACCUUGCGCGUGCCCGUGGCGGUGGUGGGGGCGCCGGAGCACUUCGCCACCAACACCCAUGCCUCCGGCCAGGCACAGCGCGCCAUCCGCCGCGCCAUCGCCGCGCGGCGCCGGGAGCGCGCCAUCGACGAUGCCAUGGAGUCGGCCGCCGCGGACAUGGACAUCAUCGCCGCGGGGUUUUACCACCAGCGCUAUGAGCGCUGGGCUAAGACGGCGAAGAAGACCACAGCCAAGGCCACCAAGAGCAUGCAGCAGGCCCUGGAUGUUCGGAACGCUGGUUGCACCAGCAACCAAGAUGCAGCUGCCAUCCGGGUGGAGAUCGACGACCACUGCGAGGAAAUCAACGCCAUGAUUUGCGAGCUGAUCAUCCAGGACCAGCUGCAAAGGGUGCCGCUGGAUACCAGCUGCAAGCUCACGUGGUAUCCGGGUCAGGACACCAUCGAAGGCAUCCGCUUCCUCUUCGGGUAGCCGAUGUUGCCCCGCCUUAGCCUUUGCAGGGCCCCUUGGAAGGGUGGACAGACACACGACAGUCCUGGGGCAGUUCCUCUUUGGUGGUUGAAACCAUCAC